AUGCGUUACUCCAUACUAUUCACAAUCGUCUCUUUGUUGUCAAUUGUGACGGCUCAUAACGUCUUGUUGCCAGCUAAUGGCAAAAGAUGUUUCUUUGAACAACUAAGAAAAAAUGAUGAAUUAGCUAUAAGUUUCCAAUUUGGUAACAGAGAUGCUCGUGCUACCGAGCAGUUAACUGGUGACUUCUGGAUCCAAUCACCAUCUGGUAGAAUUUUGAAACAAGAAAUUGGUGCUUCUCAUGGUGAUGUUUCAUUAAAAGCUGCUGAUAGUGGUAAAUAUGGCUACUGUUUUUCAAAUGAGUACUCAUCAAUUGAUACAAAAGAUGUUUCAUUCAAUAUUCACGGUGUUGUCUAUAUUGAUGUUAAUGAUCCAAAUUCAGAUUCAUUAGAUGCUGCAGUUAAAAGAUUAAGUGUCUUGACUUCUGAAGUUAAAAAUGAACAAGGAUAUAUUGUCGUUCGUGAAAGAACUCAUAGAAACACUGCAGAAUCAACUAAUGACAGGGUUAAAUAUUGGUCAGUUUUCCAAUUGAUUGUUGUCGCGGCUAACUCAUUGUUCCAAAUCUAUUACUUGAAGAGAUUUUUCGAAGUGAAGAGUGUGAUUUAA